AUGGCAACGCCAAUAAAAGGCCCACCUCCUGGCAAGCAAUAUGUGCGCUGUCAGUGCAAUUGUCUCUUGAUUUGUAAGGCUUCAACAACCCGUGUCGGGUGCCCCAGGCCUCAAUGUCAAAGGGUCAUUACUCUCUCCAAUCCUGCUGUGACCAAUUAUAACACGAACACUGAGAGUGACAGCGGCUUGGGCACCGGGGGAACAUUCCCCUCACGUGGCGGUCUUCGUGUCACCUGCGGCAAUUGCCAUCGUCCCUUCUCCAUUCCCUCACCACCUCCAUAUCAACCAACCGCCUGUGACGCGGCCUUUACCAAUCGACUUGUUAGCUGCCUUUCGAACGGAUCUGCUUCUAAUGUCAGCCUUUUAAUCGCUGCCCGGUGUCCGCAGUGUCGACGAGUGACGUCUGUCGGUCAGGCCUAUGCUCGCACUCGAUGGGUCGGAUAUUUGCUACUGUGUGUACUUUUUGCCGUCAUUGCUAUCGGUGUCACUGCUGGGACUGUGAGUACUGCUAAAACUCAGCACGGAUUAUACUUCCUUUGGUCAAUUCUUUACCUUCUCGUACUCAUUUUCGCGAUCCGCUUCGUCAAGUUCUUCAGAAUGCCCGUCAGCGCCCUGGAGUUGGCUGUGGUUCGAGCCUAA